GAGUUGUCAUGUAGGGCCUGAAGCCUGCAGUGAGGUUGCUCAAGUGCGCUUUCUGUGCCAGCUGCUAGUAACAGUGUAAACGGUGGAAAAGGCAGAGUUCAUCUGUUAGUACCUGUAUCUGUUUAUAACCGUUUAUAGCUCUCUUCAGUUGCAAUUGAUAACCACCAACAAUCACCAUACCAUUCUGAAUACAUACCAUUCUUAGGCAAGUGCUAAACCUGAAUAGGACCUUACUAUUCAGUCUGAUAGUAACAAAGUGGGCUAAUGCCUAGCUUCCUGUGGGUAACUUUAUAUUUCUGUGUAAUAAAUCUUAAUUAGUGAAGGGCAAAAGGAGGCCCAAAGCUCUGUUUAAAUGGCGAUUAUACUGUCCAUGAUACUAACCGCAUUUGUCCACUCUAAUGUGCAUUAAAGCGUUACUUUACAGAAUACGAAGUUUGCUAAUCUGCUUUGGUUUAUUGGCAGGUGUGUUUGGCCAGUUCUGUCUCUGCCUGUUACAAUAUUGGGGGAGUGUCUCUGAACAGUUCAGGUGCUGUUUUGAGUUGCCUACAGAUAUGUAGGAGAAUAGUCUUAGGUCUUAAUUUCUGUAUAUAGAAAAGUUAUUUAUAUGCUAUCUUACAUACAGAUUUUAGCUAGUGUGUGUAUGUACCUAUUAUAAAGAAAAUAGCAAUUGAUGUGCAUUAGUAGAUGUUUUCUGUGAACAUGUCUUUGCUUCUUAAUGUGCUCUCUAGAGUGGUGCAGUACAUAACUGUACCUAUACAUACAUGCUUGCAUAGCUGCCUGUGGAAAUGAAUCAAUGGCAGGAACCUGCAGUUACGCAGAUCUCAAUGGGAGUGAUGGAGAGGGUCUGUGAUGGGGAGUAGGACAUGCUGCUUGUACAAGUAGUUGACUGACUUCUGACACAACUCCUGAAUACACUGAGAGUCAUUGGAGCGUUUCCAGGAGGGGUGUAGUGAGGACUGGGGAACUGACGCUUUGUUUUGCCAUGAGGAGUAGAAGUGUGCAGCACUGAUUCUGCUUCCUACUUCUUUCUAGUUGUCUCCCUUACUGAAAGCUUCUCCUCCCACCACCCUCCUGUUGUUGGUGUAUUUUGAACCAUAUUCUGUCUUGUGUGGUGUGCUUACUUUAUCUUAUUUAUUUUUUUUCUUUUCCCUUGAGGAAGAGCACUCAUUAGACUAGAGAAGAUGGAGGAGGGCAGUUCUGACAGUGACUUUGAAACAGAGGGAAGUGAGGCAAUGUCAGUGUGAUCACUGAAAUUAAGUUCUUGUGUAACAGUACCGACAUUGUAGCAUGGCUUUCUUUAUAAUCUCUUCUUUGACCAGCCUCAUGCUGCCAGCUUAGGCACCAGUCUUGCAUAUUCAUAAGCAAAUGCAGUAUGUUAUGGUAAAGUCAGAUGAACUGAGUAUUCUGGGUCAAAGUUUUCUGUUCACACUAGUUGUAAGUUUAAUACAAAUCUACUGUACCUUCAUGUGCUGUUGGGCUUUUAUUAAUUUUUAUUCCAUACUUGCGUUACACCUAAACACUUGGUUUUUAGGUAGCAUUUAAGUAUGGGAAGAAGCAUUUGAGAAGGAGGCAGAGAACAAAACUUUAAAGCCAUUAUAUACCUAACUCUAGUAAGCUUGAGGAAGUGACCCUUAGCUAUGUGAAUAGUAUAAGUGAAUGAGACACCUUUCCAACAAACACCUAAAUAUCUGCUGCAGAUUGCAUCAAGUUAAGACAAAGAACUGGUUAUUUAAAGUGCUUCAGUUAAAAACCAAAACAGUAAAUUGCACUGAUUAGACAUAUUUUCCUGAUAUCUUUGAGUAGGUCUUAUUUUUAUCUAGUAUAUUUCUACUAGUUCCUAGUCAAAUUAUAUAUUGUUCCUAGUCAAAUAUAAUAUUGUUUUUGUUUAGGUUGAUAGUUUCAAAAUAAUUUCUGCAGAGCUGUAUUUUUGGACAUAGGAUACUACCAAACAUGCGUUUCUUGUCUGACACAAAAGCAAGAGAGACCCUUAUUCCCAUUAGUAUUAUGGUUUUUAAAGACAAAAAUCAGUAUUUACUCAGUGAAAUCUGUAAUACUGUAAAAACUCUGCUUUUUUUUUUUUCCUAUCUAUCUAGCUUUACUAUUUUAAAAAGAUAAUUUAAUUUUUGUUGACAAAUCAGGUUUGUGGUCUAGUUUUUUUGUGGGCUUUUUCCAAGUGGGCUAACCUGAAACUGGAGAGGAGAGAACUUUGAAAAUGAAACUUGGAUUUUAGUUGAUGAGAAGAUGAAAAUCAAAAAUACAGAGAAAUAAAAUGCAAUUAGAAAGACAACUUUUUUAACUUACCAACUAAAGAAUAAAAAUUAUUUGGUUUACAAUAUGCAUCACCUCUUUCACAUGUGUCUCAUUGUUUCAUCUUUUGAUGAGUAAUGAUAGUAAACAGCUAUCUUUAUGCUGGCCAGGAGCAUCAGCAUGCUGAUGGAGUGGGGUGGAAUGCAUUCAUCUAUGAUUCCAUCCAGCAAGGAGGUCGCAUUGUUUAUUUAAAGGACUUUAAAUAUUUCAGAAAAUUCACCCUCUGUUAAUACUGCCAUCUAAUACUGCUUGGUGAAGAGACAUUAGAAGUUAAAUGGCCUUUCCCACUAUCUUCUUUUACUUUCUCUGCUUGCUAUGUCUGCUCAUACAAAAUUCAUUAACCUAGACCAACUCUUGAAAUUCCAUCUGUCUCUUUUCUGUGUAAAUUGUACGCUCUGUCAUGCUGAUCUGGUCUGCUGGCUGUCCCAUCUGCAGCAGGAGCUAGUUGCUCGAGUUGCCACUUGUACUUCCUUGGUAAUUCUUUUGUGAUCCUCUUUAUUUUUAAAAGGUAGUUUCCUGGAUCAUAAUUGUUUUCUGUUUAAAGCUGCAUUAAUAACAAAAAUUAACAAACUGGUUAAAUAGUUCUUGCUUCUUGCAGUAGAAACAUAUUAUUAGAAAUUGAUUUAAUCUUCUUUUGCAAAAUGUAAUAAUUUUUUAUUCUGUAUAAACCAUGUAGUAUUUAUUGUCCAGGAUUGCUGAAGGGCUUAAUACUUCACCUGUUGUCAAGAACCUACACACAUACACAUGCGCUCUAUUCUGUAAUGAUCGUUUUUACUGGUUGUUUUGUGGACUAUUGUUUUGCAUCACAUCCUAAAUUAUUGCACUGGUUUUAUUCAUUCAAUAAUACCCAUUCAUCUGUUUUCUUAAGGCCUGCAGGAUGAUAUCAUAUGCUGUAUGUAUAACUUCAUUUUCUUGCAUUUAAUUUUGAGAAAAAAACUGUGCAAAACUUUGUUCUUACUCCAUCUGAAUGCUAUCUCAUGUGGUGCAACAAUUUAAUAUUAACUACGUUUGCUUUUUCUUUAGCUUAGAGUAGUUUGGAAUUUCUUCUAAGGAACAGCAAGAGUUAGUGAAGAAUGUGUGUAGUUUAUUGAUACCUUUCAUAAGCUUGUUCUCUGUAAUUUAUUUUUUUUACCUCCCCUUUCCUGUGUACAAACAUGGUACUGGUCUGUAAAACAUAAUACAACUAUUAUAGGGGACCUUCAAGAGCACAGUGAAGCAACAUUACUCUAAGUCCCUUCAGCUGACAAUAACAAGCAUGGCUAAAAACAACUAUCUGGCUCCGUCAGUACGUGCAGCGGUAUCACCAGCUUGCACCAGAAGAACCUACAAACUGCAUACCUCUCAAAGUCUGUGGCCUGGCUGCCGCAGCUCUAGAAAAAGAAAUGUGGCACCUCUUGUGGAUACUCUUACAUAGCUGAAUUUUAGCUUGAUUUUUUUCCUUUUGACUAAAUAUUUCACUUGUUUUAGUUGCAGACUGGAAAUAAUUAUUUUCAGAAAACUUUGGUCUACAAGUACAUAAUUUCAUCAGCAUAUUUCAGUGAUAGAGAAACAAGAUGGGAUUUCCAAAAGCACAUGCAAUAUGUCUGUGAAUUUUUCUUCUCGCACUGCAAGGGGAAGGAUGUAGACCUUAUUCUUCUCCUUCAGAGACAACUGAAAAAAUUAAAAAUGUGUGCUGGCAUCGCAUGUGCUGGGUGACUUUACUUACUGCUGAUGUUUGACAGACAAACUUUGUGUCUUUUAAGUACAUUGUAUGUAUUAAGUAAUGGCAGCGCAGAGAAGAAGUGUCAAAACUGGCUUGAUAUCUAGCCAAUAUAUUUCACUCUUUACAGAGUUGAUAUUACUGAGUCUAUUGCCAUCUUUCCGUUCUGCUCUCUGCUUAUUGCAUUUACAAGCAUUUUAUCAGUGAGACAGAUCUUUGUGGUUUUUAACAAAUGGUACCACCUGCAGGCUUGGCAUGUAGGGAAAAAAAAUAUGUUCUUAAAAAAAAAAACCAAAACAAAAACAAACCCAACCCCAAAAAAAACCCAGUAGUUGGAUGGACAGAAACUUAAUGCUUAGCCUAAAAAAAGGCAUCUUCUCAAAUCAGUUCAUAUUCCAGUUGAGAAGAUAAGUAACAGUGGAAAUACCAAUUUACAGACAACCAGUUCUUUUGCUGAGAGCAACUUAUUGGGGUGGUUUCAAAAUAAUGCAGAGUUUUUACAAAGCAUAGGAGCGUCAAGGGAAACCCCUCUUCAUCUUUCUUUGUCAUCUUUAAAUAUUGAGUAAUUAAAGUUUAUAUAUUUUGAGUCACUGUCUUUCUGAGGAGAGAAAUGCAAGUAAUAAAUUUAACAGAAAAGAUAAUAAAUGAUCAAGAAAAAACAAACAAGCAAAAGAUGUUAUUAGGUGCAGUAAGAGCACAUGGCAAGAGUUCAUUCCAACAACAAAUGAUCUACAGAGCAUAUAUUAUCAUGAUGUGAUGUUAGAUGUUAGUGUGUCAUACAUGUCUUUUUCAUUAGUCCCAUGCUAAUCUCUGAGUAGUAUUGAACCUUCGUGAAAGAUUCAAUAAUUGGAAAGCCUUUAUAUUUACAAAAUGUGGAGGUUUUGGUCUUUCUUACCCUUAAAGAACUGUCCCAAAAAUAUUAAUUUAUUCUUUGAUGUAAUAUAAUGACUUACAGUAUUUCUAGUAUUUAUAUUCAUUACUCCUUUUCUCUGCUUUUUAGUCAAUUUUCUCAAUAUUUAGCUGGAUUGGGUGAGAUUAAUUUAUAUGCAGAGCCUGCUUUUGUAUUAUAAUCAGAAUCUUGUAAAAUCUUCAUGAAGUGAAUUACAUUCUGGAAGCACUUCUGGCGUGUAUCGGUCAAGUGAAUCCUCUUGGUAGCUUUUAUUUUGAGUUAUUUUCUAUACUUUUUAAAUAUGUGAAGCAGCAGCAAAGAAAAGCAUAUGCCAUCUUGUUUGUUCCUCUUCUUGUUUUAAUUUUGUAGUAAAUAAUUAAUUAUAAAUUCUCUUGAAUUGGCAUCACUCUGUUGUCAUUCUCUUUGAGAAACAAGAAGACAGGGCAGCUGUGAUCUGCAGAAAUAAUCUUUUUAAAGUACUGUUUUUCUCAGCAUUAAGAUUGAUGCUGAGAAUUACUGAUGAGCUUAUACCGCUACACAGUGAUGAACCUACUAGUAGUCAUCUAAUGCCUUAUAACCACAGAAAUGGCCUUAAAAUGCAGUCUGAAUGUUUUUUAGUAUGUAUUUGUAGGUAAUGGUAGCUACAUUCACAGACACUGUGAAUCUCUCAAUUUUCUUUUAUAGAAAUCUUCUAAAUAAUGUUUCUCUAAUUUUUUACCAGAUAAGGAGACAAAGCAUGUUGAAGCCAUAUGGUAACUUGGGUAACUCACAUUAAAAGUCUUUGGAAAGAACAGCUGAACAUAUACACGUGCUGAGUGUUUGGACCUCUGCCUGUGGAGCUGGCCAGUCAUUCCUCUCACCAGCUAGCAGUGCUGUUCCUUUGAGCUUCUGAUGUUUAUGGCACUGGCUUCUGAUGCUACUGUUGCUUUCAAGUGUCUGUUGGAUUUCUUGUUUUUAGGGAUGUUCUUUGCACUGAAGCACAGAAAUGGAAGUUCUGCAGUUUCAGGCUGAAGUACUAGGGGGGAGCUUGCUGACUGGAAGACGUUUCUGCUCUGAUUUUCCUUUGUGUUGUUUUUGGCCAAUGAGGGGAGGAUAGCAUUGUGUUUAAAAUGGAAGUUGACAUAAAUGGAGAGUCCAGAACUACCCUAUCCACCCUGCCUGUGCCUCUUGCAGAGGUGAGUCCUGUGGGCAGGAUGGAAGCAGAGAAGCCUCGCUGUUCCAGUACCCCCUGCUCACCCAUGCGACGGACGGUUGCAGGAUAUCAGAUCCUUCACAUGGAUUCUAACUACCUUGUUGGCUUCACAACUGGAGAGGAGCUGCUAAAAUUAGCCCAGAAGUGUACAGGAAGUGAAGAGAAUAAAGUGGAAUCUGGGCCGAACUUACGCUCCAAACAGCUUGAUUCAGGACUUGCACAUUCCUCCCGUUUGUACAAAACUAGAAGUAGGUACUAUCAGCCAUAUGAGAUCCCAGCAGUGAAUGGAAGGAGGAGGAGACGGAUGCCCAGCUCAGGGGAUAAAUGCACUAAGUCAUUACCAUAUGAACCUUACAAGGCACUUCAUGGUCCCUUGCCCCUUUGCCUUUUAAAAGGUAAAAGGGCUCAUUCGAAAUCCCUGGACUACCUCAAUUUAGACAAAAUGAGCGUUAAGGAACCUGCUGACACAGAAGUGCUACAAUACCAGCUCCAACACCUUACCCUUAGAGGGGACCGUAUGUUUGCAAGAAAUAACACAUGAGCUACCAUCUCAAAUUCAGAACCAAUUUCUGAUUAUUUCUCCGUUGCUGCAAAAAUCCACUGUUGUACUAUGUACAUGACUGUCCACAUUGUAGGUGGUUUUAUCAGCUAAAUGUUAUGAGAAAGUAAUUUAUCUGACCAGAAUCUUGGCAACGCAGUGCAUUACAAAUACUCAGAGGUAGAAAUCUUUCCUGAGCAAGCAGCUUCUGAUGUAAAUUUGACUGCAACUGGUGGAUAUUUUUUGGACAUCUUUAACAAAAAAACCCCCUCUUCAUUGUGGGAUUGGGAUUUUUUUUUGGUACAGUUAGAUCUAGUAAUUACAGUAAUUUAACACUGGAAAAACUGGUGAUGUCUGCUUGGUUGUUGCUUAUUUUGGCUUGAUGUUAGAAACUGCUCUUGGAUAAGUACUUGAGUUUAGGAGGUUUUUUGGUUUUACUUUUUUCCCUAUAUUCUACAGUAAAAUGAAAGUAUUGGUUUUUUUAUACAUCAUGGAGAGGAAAGCAAGCUUGGCUAAAUUCGAACACAUGCUAUUUCAGCAAUCCAGUUCAAACAUUUUCAAACUGCAUUUGCUCUGGUGAUGAGGGUGAGAUUCACUCAUGAAACAAACCUUUGCUAUUUGAAUCCUAUGAAAUUAUUUUUUAGUUUCUGCAUGGAAGUAAUUGCUUUGCCUCUGUUCUAUAAAAUUUGUUCAGGGUAAGUAUUUGGGUUAUUAAAAACAUCUUUUUGGGAGUGAAGAAUUUUUUUGUUAGAGGAAUUUAUUUUUUUACAUUGGCUUGAUACACAAACAAGAAUUCAUUUCAGAUUCCAAUAAAUACACUGGAAUGUCUGCAUUUGUAUGUCAAUGUUUUUAAUUUUAAUUCAUGAUUUCUGUAUCACGUAUAGUAACGGAAGGUGUCAAGUAACUUCAGCAUUGCUUUGGAAAUUCAGUUGACUUGAAGCGCUGAAUGCUUGAGAUCUGUAAAGCCAAUUUUUUUUUUUGAUGGAGUGCAGGUGAAAUAUUUCUGUAUCAGCAUUGAAGAGAUGAUUGUGGAUUAUUCAACAGCGUAGAUUGAAUACACUGACUUUGUUACUUAAGAAUUUUUUAUCCAAACAUGACAUCAAAUGCAGUUUUGACAGUUGUAUUCCUAAACAUAUUUAAAACAUUUUAGCAACUUCCAUUUAAAAAUGAAAAAUAGUUUUUAGACUUUUUUUUAGGUGCAGUCUUUUACUGAAGCAGUGUGCAACUUGGUUUUGGUUGAUGACUCCUUCAGAAGUUAAAAAUAAGAUCAGAUUGUUUUGAAACAUAAAUUAUUUCUGGUAGAAUUAAUAUUUUUUUUGUUUAUCAUUCAGAAUUAAUAGAAAGCACUAGUUAGUACGUGUGCUGUGGAAAAUGAAGAGUUCUUCUCAUUCUGUCACUUAGUCCACAGUUGUGAAUGAAGGCAGCCCAGUAGUUUGCAUUUUGCUGGUUUGCUUUUUUUUUUAGAUUUAUUAGAAUCUUUGCAACAACUUAUUUGUCUUUUAGAAAGUUAACUACACCUGUGUAAAUUCAAUGUAUUGAACAAUGAUCUUGAAAGUAAAAUCUUUCUAUAUAGUCUUUAGUUUGAAAAACAGAAUAUGGUCAGAUGCCAAAGAGAUGGGGGGGUUAUUUAAGGAAUAAACACCACUGUUCUUUGAAAUACCCUAUGAAACUGUAUUUCUGGCUGAAAAAUAAAAAGGGGUGGUAUAAACA